AUGGAAGGAAAGACUCUCGGAACUGUAACGCCAAGAAAACCUGUCUUAUCUGUCAGUGCAAGAAAAAUUAAGGACAAUGCGGCCGACUGGCAUAAUUUAAUCCUGAAAUGGGAAACCCUCAACGAUGGAGGUUUUGCUACUGCAAACAAUAUUGCCAACUUGAAAAUCAGUUUGUUGAGCAGAGACAAGAUAGAAUUAGAGAGCAGCGGCCUGGCUGCCGACGACCCUGCAGAAAAGGAGCACCCGGAAUACAGCAGGGAGCUGGAGGCGCUAUGUGAGGAGCUGCAGGCCACCCUGGAAAGCUUGACCAAAAUACAGAUGAAGAUGGAAAAGCUGUCUUCAACCACCAAGGGCGUUUGUGAGCUAGAAGAUUACCAUUAUGGGGAGGAGAGAAAACGCCCCCCGCUCUUCCACACCUGGCCCACAGCCCAUUUUUAUGAGGUCUCCCGCAAGCUCGCCGACAUGUACGGCCAGGAGCUCCGCCUGAAGCGCAUGGUGGUGGAGCAGCUGGCACAUGCAACCGACCGUGACCUCGCCCUCAGCUACCUGUCCAUGUGGCUGCACCAGCCUUACCUGGAGGGCAGCUGCAGGCUGCUUCUGGAGAGCAUGCUGCUGGAGACGGGGCACCGUGCGCUGUGA